AAGCUUGCCGUUGAGCAGUCAGUGACUGACGUUGCUGCUCGACAUGUUGAUCAGAUGAAGUAUUAACAUUAAUUUUAUAAAAAGGUUUUAUUUUAAACUCAUGAUGUCUUGGGUUAAAGCUGUUUCGUACAACGGAGAAGACGUGUUUGACGAGAAUGGGGACGACCUCAGUUUGCAAAGUAAAGAGUGGACAUGCAACAUGAAGAAGCGAGUCAAGGAUGGUUACGUAGACGGAGUUGAUGCCGGGGAGGAGGCCUCACUUCAGGACGGUUUCAACCUGGGGUUCAGGGAAGGAGCAGCUCAGACUGUAGCUGUGGGCCGUCUCAAAGGAGUCGUAAGUGCUGUAUGGUGCUGGUGCCAGAUCCAGCAUCCGGAAAGCCCCGUCCCAGCCUCUGUGACUGACCUGCUGCAGCGGGUUUCACAGCAUGAAGAUGCGGUUAUGGAUGGCAUCAGGAACGCUCUGGAGAAUCCUCCUCCCAGCGUGAGUGUCGUCUCUGAGAGCAUGGAGGACCUGGAGGUGAAGCAGGCAGAGCCCGGCUGCUGCGGAGAGGGAUGUAAAGAAGCGGACUGCUGCAAGAGAGGAGACAAAAUGGACCUGGGCGUUCCUCACCAGCAUCCGAAGCUCUGUUCUGAGUCCACUGACUCCUCGUCCAGCUCAAGUGAGAGCCUUAACAACCUUGUGCAGCGCUGCGUGGGUCUCGUGUCAGAGCUUGGACUGCCGCAGGAGCUGAUUGCUCACAUACAGGAGCUGAAGAACAUGUAGUGUUUCAGAAUCACAGCUGUUUUGGCACAUGAAUUAUGCAACAAACAGGUGUUGAUGUAAAUUCCUUACAAGGCAAUGAAGUGCUUGUGAUGUGUAUAUACUGUAAAAUAUCAUUUUCAUAACUUGUAUAAGAUGGUUGAAGAAUACUUGAAAAUAAAAAUUGCUUUGCUUUAUUUUACUGCA